AUGAAGGCAGACCAGUGCGAACUCUACGCCACCAAGCUCCUGGGCGAGCGCGUGACCGCCUACUCGGAGGCGCACUCGAUGGCGCUGCCGCAGUUCCUGCGAGAUUACAACGCCAAGAUCCUGCAUGAGCAGCCCACCACGUCCAACUACAUGAUCUCGACGUUCCAGUCGCAGGCGCUGGUGUGGCUGGCCCGGCUGAUGGGGGCCAAGCGCGUCCUCGAGAUCGGCGUCUUCGUCGGGUACUCGACCAUGGCGUGGAGCCACGCCGUCGGGCCCGAAGGCACGGUCACGGGCUUCGAGUUCAACGCCGACUACGCCAAGCAGGCAGAGGCCGCGUUCGAGCAGAACGGCGUGAAGAAGUGCGAACUGAUCGUUGGUGAUGCCGUCAAGCAGCUUCCCUCCUUCAAGCCGGCCGAACCGUACGACCUCAUCUUCAUCGACGCGCAGAAGAGCGGAUACCCGGCCUACCUGAAGACGAUCCUCGCGAACUCGCAGCCGGGCUCGCAGAACCGUCUCCUUCGUGCCGGCGGACUCAUUAUCGCAGACAACGCGCUGCGCUGGGGCCUAGUCGCCGACGCGAGCGAGGCGAACCCAAGACGCACCAUGGAGAGCAGCGGCACGAGCGAGUACUGGAAGAGCGACGACAUCAAGUGUCUGCGCGAGUACAACGAGAGCGUGCAUGCGAGCGAGCGACUGGAGGAGUUCCUGUGCCCGCUCUGGGACGGGGUCAAUCUGGCGCGGCUGCUGGACUGA